AUGGAACUGUCUGCCUUGAAUCGCCUGUUUUGCCUAUUGUGUCGAACCAAGGCCCUGCAAUCCAAACUCGGCAACAACAAGAGGGACGCACCUUCCCGCACGAGUGCGAGUGGGACCUUGAGCCCACCACCACCUCCCCUCACCCCGGCUGAUGUCAUCAACAUCGGCACCAACAACCACCUACUUCAGGUCAGCAAGCCCAGGUCAUCCAGGCUAGGCGAUGCCUCGUCCACGGCCGGGGCCACUCUUCAGGAUGACGUCUGUGCAAGGUCACCGUCGUCCACAGACCGACCUCGCGGCACUCGUCAUUCUCAAGAAGGCCAUCCUUGUCGCGGUCCUGACCAGGACCCAGACCGAAGAGGAGUCGUCCUCGCCUCCCACCAGGCCUCAGCCACCACUCUCCACGUCGGGGCCGAUGAUGACGCCUUUUGUCGAACCGGGUUGGCCACGUGCAACGAAAUAAAACUUUCCCCGAGUACUAAACGACUCUUGGAGGACUGUAAGAACGAUUGCGGGCAGUUCCUGCGUGCAAUCAAGGAAGCUAAAGCGGCCCUCCCAACUGGGCAUGGCUGGGAGGCUGCCAUUGCCACCAAGAAAGAAAACGCUGAUAUCCGUGAUCUGAUGAGGAUUUACCAUAGGUUUGAAUGCCACAAUAUCUACUCGCACGUCGUCGAGGCAGGAUUUCAUACCGGCACACAUUGGAUCCGGGAAAUGCGCACUGUCUUGGUUAAUAAGCUAUGCCGGGACUUCCCCGACCGGUUUCAGAACCAAAAAAUGGCUAAUAAAUGUUUAAACUGGGUUGAUCAGGGCUGCAGGUACCGUGAGUGGACUGAAAUGCUCAGUGAAACUUCGAAUCUCGGAUAUCUCAUCGCGUUGCCCGCAGAGGUGCCGCAUUCAGCGUACACUUCAAGAUGUACCAAAGAGCAAAUGACCGCCGCGACUCUCAGAUUCAAGAGCUUGGGCAUCGAUGAGCUUGUGGAGGAUCUGGAACUUUCAAAACUGGGCAGCCACAUUGCAACAAAGUUGAGGGAAAUGACGGGUAAGAAGCGCAAGGACGCUGAUGAAGAGCCAAGCCAGAACUCCCGCAAAUCGCCGCGAUUAACUUCAGCCUCGGGCGAAUUGGCCUUCGCACCACCACCGGGCCACUUGACGACACCGCCCGAAUCAACGGCACCUGGUAUUAGUGAUCUCUUGGAUCAUCCCACUCACUCUUUGGCACCACCUUUGCCGCAAGAAUAUUCCAGUGAUCAGGACCAGGGUGUAGAGGAUCACAACAUGAGCGAUACGAUAGCGGAUGGUCCUUUGGCGACAUAUGAUCCCUUCAACAACUUCGACCUGAGCUUGCAUGCGUAUUCGGAGGUAUUCAUGAGUCAGUUCUCCGUUUUCUCGUCAUGCGGCGAUAAGUAG